CUAGUAAAUUUAUCUUUUCUUUCCUCUUUUAAUUUUAUUUUUAUCUUAUUUCAGUUAUGUUAAUACUGGCUCUAAUAACAUGGCAUGUACGUGGAGUUCACAUUUAGACCCUAAAAAGUUGUCUAAUCUCGAAUCAGCAAACCAAACGGUAGAUGAAUACGAUGAAGGUGAAGCUGAUAAGGAAGUCAAAAAAGGAUUGGAUCAAUUUGAGGAUAAGCCCAAACCCAAUUUAAAUGACACCGAGAUAAUAAAUUUGGGAACUGGUGAGGAGGUUAGAGAAAUAAAAAUAAGUAUUCAUGCGGAUCAGAAUAUCAGGAAUGAUAUUGUUCAGAUUUUGAUCGAGUAUAAGGAUGUUUUUGCUUGGUCUUAUGAUGAUACGCCGGGUCUAAGCACGGAUUUGGUGGUCCACAAACUGCCUACAUACCCUGAUUUCUCACCGGUCCAGCAAAAGCAAAGAAAGUUUAAAACUGACAUGAGCGAUAAAAUCAAAGAGGAAAUCAUGAAGCAAUUGAACGCGAACGUGGUCAGGGUCGCUCAGUACACCACAUGGUUGGCUAAUGUGGUGCCUGUACCAAAGAAAGAUGGCAAAAUCAGAGUUUGUGUUGACUAUAGGGAUUUGAAUAAAGCAAGCCCUAAAGACAAUUUCCCACUACCCAAUAUUCAUAUCCUUGUUGAUAAUUGUGCUAAACAUGAGAUCCAAUCUUUCGUGGAUUGCUAUGCCGGAUAUCACCAGAUCCUGAUGGACGAAACGGAUGCAGAAAAGACUGCUUUCACCACCCCGUGGGGUACUUAUUGCUAUAGGGUCAUGCCAUUUGGUUUAAAGAAUGCGGGAGCUACAUACAUGAGAGCUAUGACUACUAUUUUUCAUGACAUGAUGCACAAGGAAGUAGAAGUAUAUGUUGAUGAUGUCAUUAUCAAGUCCAAGACACAAGUCGAUCAUGUAUAUGACUUGAGGAAAUUCUUCGAAAGAUUGCGAAAGUAUAAUCUUAAGCUCAAUCCAGCUAAGUGCGCAUUUGGCGUUCCAUCCGGGAAACUAUUGGGUUUCAUAAUUAGCCGCAGAGGCAUUGAAUUGGACCCCGCCAAGGUAAAAUCUAUUCGCGAAUUGCCACCUCCGAAGAAUAAAACUGAGGUCAUGAGUUUUCUUGGAAAGCUGAAUUAUAUAAGCAGAUUCAUCGCUCAGCUCAGCACUACAUGUGAACCGAUAUUUAAAUUGCUAAAAAAGGAUGCCGCUAUCCAAUGGACAGACGAAUGUCAAGAAUCAUUCGAUAAGAUUAAAGAGUAUCUGGCAAAUCCUCCUGUGUUGGUCCCACCGGAACCUGGUAGGCCUUUAUUUCUAUAUCUGUCAGUGAUGGACAAUUCUUUUGGCUGUGUUUUAGGACAGCAUGAUAUCACAGGCAGAAAGGAACAAGCAAUCUAUUAUUUGAGCAAAAAGUUCACGAGUUACGAGGUGAAAUAUACUCUUUUAGAAAAGACAUGUUGCGCCCUAACUUGGAUCGCUCAGAAGUUGAAGCACUAUCUUUCGUCCUACACAACCUACCUCAUAUCUCGAAUGGAUCCUUUAAAGUAUAUCUUUCAAAAACCUAUGCCCACAGGCAGAUUGGCGAAGUGGCAGAUCUUACUUACAGAAUUCGACAUUGUGUACGUUACUCGUACCGCGAUGAAAGCGCAAGCAUUGGCCGAUCACUUGGCAGAAAAUCCAGUUGACAAUGAUUAUGAGCCUUUGCGAACUUACUUUCCUGAUGAAGAGAUAAAUUCAAUUGAGGAAGAAGUUCAAGGUGAUAUGUAUACAUGGAAAUUAUAUUUUGAUGGGGCAGUCAAUGUCAAAGGAGUAGGAAUUGGGGCAGUUCUUGUCUCACCAACCGGGCACCAUCAUCCCGCCACAGCGCGACUUCGUUUCUUUUGUACUAAUAACACAGCAGAAUAUGAAGCUUGCAUCAUGGGGUUAAAUAUGACAAUAAAUCUGGACGUGCACAAGCUAAUGGUGUUGGGGGAUUCCGAAUUACUCAUUCGACAAAUUCAAGGUGAAUGGGAAACGAGAGAUAUCAAGCUCAUUCCAUACAAACAGUUCAUAGAGGACCUUAGCAAAAGGUUUGAGUCUAUCGAGUUUAGACAUAUUCCCAGAUCCCAUAAUGAGCUGGCUGAUGCCCUGGCUACCCUAGCUUCUAUGCUCCCGUACCCAGGAAAUACGCAUUUCGACCCAUUAGAGAUACAGAUACGAGAUCAACAUGGUUAUUGCAAUAUAAUUGACGCAGAACCAGAUAAUGAACCUUGGUACUAUGAUAUCAAACGCUUCCUAAAGUCAAAAGAAUAUCCAAUACACGCCAAAGCAGAUCAAAAAAGAACCAUUAGGAGACUUGCUAAUGGUUUCUUCUUAAGUGGGGAGAUCUUGUACAAACGAACCCCAGACUUGAACUUGUUGAGAUGUGUUAAUAUUCAGGAAGCUGAAAGAAUCAUGAAUGAGGUACAUUCGGGGGUGUGCGGUUCGCAUAUGAACGGCUAUGUUUUGGCAAAGAAGAUCAUGCGGGCAGGAUAUUAUUGGUUAACUAUGGAGCGAGAUUGCUUUCGCUUUGUUCGCAAGUGUCAUCAGUGUCAAAUUCAUGGUGAUUUGAUCCACUCGCCACCUUCAGAGCUGCACCCUAUGUCUUCUCCUUGGCCAUUCGUUGCUUGGGGCAUGGAUGUAAUCGGUCCAAUAGAACCAAAAGCUUCUAAUGGGCAUCGAUUCAUACUGGUCGCUAUCGACUAUUUCACUAAAUGGGUAGAAGCUGCUACUUUCAAAUCAGUCACGAAGAAAAGAGUAGUGGAUUUUGUUCAUACGAACAUCAUAUGUCGUUUUGGUAUACCAAAGUCCAUUGUCACAGACAACGCAACCAAUCUCAAUAGUCAUCUCAUGAAGGAAGUUUGUGAGCAAUUCAAGAUCGUGCAUCAUCAUUCUACCCCUUACCGUCCUAAAGCGAAUGGAGCCGUUGAAGCAGCAAACAAGAAUAUUAAAAAAAUUCUUAGGAAAAUGAUCCAAGGAUCUCGACGACAGUGGCAUGAGAAAUUACCGUUUGCUCUUUUAGGAUAUCGCACAACUAUUCGUACAUCGACUGGCGCAACUCCUUAUUUACUAGUCUAUGGGACCGAAGCUGUAAUACCCGUAGAAGUCGAAAUUCCCUCGCUUCGAAUCAUUAGUGAAGCCGAAAUUGACGAUACUGAAUGGGUCAAGUCUAGACUAGAACAAUUAUCAUUAAUAGAUGAAAAGAGGUUGACGGCAGUUUGCUUCGGUCAAUUAUACCAGAAAAGGAUGGCGCGAGCUUACAAUAAGAAGGUACGUCCUAGAAAGUUCGAGGCCGGUCAACUUGUGGUAAAAUGUAUCCUUCCACACCAAGAAGAGGCUAAAGGAAAGUUUGCUCCAAACUGGCAAGGUCCAUACAUAGUCAGACAAGUAUUAUCAAAUGGGGCUUUGCAACUUACGGAUCUGGAUGGAAAAAUGACAGAAAAAGCUAUCAAUGCCGAUUCAGUCAAAAGAUAUUAUAUUUGACACACUUGUGCUUAACAUUCUCAAGUUGAGAUGACGAAAGGCCAUCGUUCUACUAAAUGUCAUCAAUCCCUCGUCAACCCUUCGAGCCCUAUUUACCCUUCCUUGCUUACCCUCUUUGGAGCCCGAUAAAAAAAAAAAAAAAAAACGUUACCAUUGAACUACGUUCGACCUGAUUCCUAAAUGGAUACGUAGGCAGCCCUAUCUUGGGGUUCGGUCCAAUAAAGAAAAAUAAAAAUAAAAAAAAAGAGAUAUACAUCCUAUUAUCACUUCUAUAUGGCUCUCAAGUUGUAGCCUAUCCUAAAAAUCCUUUUCCUUUGUCCAUCAAAGACCUUCCGAUCAAUUUUUGAGAAUGUCAAGCUUUGUGUGUUGUAUAUAUAGAUACCCGACCCCGAUAAAAAAAAAAAAAAAAAAAAAAAACCUUAUUGGUGAAAACCCUCAGGGGCGCCAUAAGACAACGAUGAACGAGACAAUCGAUAUCAGAGAGGGCAAUUGAGAAAAUCCUAGAAGGAAUGACUUUAGUUAGACAAAGUUUAUCAUGAUAGAACAAAGAUCAAGAAGGACGAUUUGAUUUGAUUGAAAGGUGCAGCCUAAUUCGGGAUUAGACAGUUUUAAAGGGUCAAAUGUCUACUCCAAAUUGUAUGUCAUGCGUUAUUAAAGUCGAUAUACACCCCCAAAUAAACUUUACUGGUAAAAAUUCUUCCUAUUCAAACAUAGUUCCUUUAUUCCUUCUUUUGAUUUUCCUUAUUUCAUUCUUACACGCUCUGUUUUACGGGUAAGUCCCACACCAAAUGCAAAAUAAAGAAAAACGCGCAAAGUUGACCACGGCUCCCAGUGAAAUUGAGCAGUGAUUGUUGGGCGGUCACCACCUUGACAAGGACAGGGGGCCAGUUAAAAUAAGUGUUACGAGUGAAACAUUUGGAAAGGAAAGAGCGGAAUCGUACUGAAACAGACAGAGAUACGACAGAAUUUGAAAGACAAAGAUUCAAGCUCGCCAACCAAUUAGUUGAAUCAACUGUAUCAAGUUGGGGCAGAGAUAAGGAAAACCUCCAAGGCCACAAACCAACCACCAAUUUUAAAAACUCACAAUUCCUUUUUCUUUUCUCCCUCUUUGCUUGAACAGGGGCGAAGCAAUCUUGUGAAGUGAGGAAAGUAUAGCAAAGUUAAGUUUUCUUCAAUUUUCGCUCUUUGCUAUACUCCUAUAAUUUUAAGCCCAUACCAAUAUAAUAAUAAUAAGAUCCCUCAUAUUCAAGACUGGGGCAUUUUUUUUUCUA